AUGAAGACACAAUGGAGUAUCGCUCGGUUCCUGAAGGCUGGGAAGUACGCCGAGCGUGUCGGAGCAGGAGCUCCGGUGUAUCUAGCCGCCCUUCUCGAGUAUCUCGAGUAUCUGGCCGCCGAGGUUCUCGAGCUCGCCGGAAAUGCAGCAAGAGACAACAAGAAGACCCGUAUUGUGCCUCGACACAUUCAGCUUGCGGUGAGGAAUGAUGAGGAACUGAGCAAGCUUCUGGGCGAUGUCACCAUUGCCAAUGGAGGAGUAAUGCCCAACAUCCACAAUCUCCUCCUCCCCAAGAAGGCUGGAUCCUCAACGCCUGCUGAUGAAGAUUAAGCCUGGAACCAAAAUCAUGGACAGGAAGUCCCUGUCUGUGCCACAUGUUUGGCUACAAAGCCUGGUACCCACGAUAUUAGCUGUAGAACAUUUAGCUUUUGGUUUUUCAUUGAUUAGUGUUGUGUUCUUCCCACUUUCAUUUUCCAGUUUUUUUUCUUUCCUUGCCUUGUGUUUUUAGUAUUUGUAAACUUGUCACAGUUUGUGUGAAUAUAUGAAUUAUCUUUAACAA